AUGGAAAGCGUUUCCGCCAUAAUUUUGGGCUUGAUCCUGAUGUUACCGCUGCUCGUACAACUGCAGACGCUUGUCCUGCGGCAUCCUCGGAAGUUACUCGAGGCGCUGCGAUGCCGCUUGAUGGAAAGCGCGGACGACGCCCGACGUGGCAGGCGUAAUCUGGUCCAGCACUAUCCCAAGUUGCCGGAUCUGUUAAACUCCAAUUCCGAGUCCAGGAUGCUGGUGUGCCUGACGCGGACCGUUCUCUCGUUACCCACCGUGCCGCGUGCCGUGCAGUCCGUCGACCGGCAGCAGCGGCCCGUUAGAAAAACGGUCCCGCUGGCGCAGCACUCGUCGUCCUUCGUGGCGACGCGAAUCGAGCUGCCGGUGGUGGAUAUAACGUGCACCUACAACUCGUACCGUUACAAGACCGUCGAGGAGAGCCUGAGGGAGCGAUACGGCCCGGCGAAUUACCCGCCGGGCGAGGUGGUGCUGAAUUACAUUCAAUUAAACACGCCGGACUCGAGGACGAGACACGAGGAUAGCGUCGGGGACGAUCUUCUGGAUUUUUUCAACGGCAACCACACCGGCACGUACUCGUCGUCGGUGGCCACGAAGCUGGAGACGGAAUACCUGAAUCUCCUGGAUCAUUUCGUAUUGAGGGAACGGGGGAGAGCUCUGACCGCGGGCAAGUUUACCGAGACGCCUUCGUUUGCGGAUGAAAGAAAUCUUGAACUGUCGUUUCGCGCCGGUACAUGGAGCCAAUCUACCCUGAGAAGUUCACUCGCUCAGGAAAGGGAAUCCGGGUCGUCUGGCAAUCAACGUCCCUCGAAAGGUAUUGAAUACAGCCAAGGCGGCGGCGCAAAUAGACGUCUCAGCAGCUUGCAGAGAGUGCUUAGGCGAUAGUGCGAAGCGGUUCGAUCGCGAGGAUAGGCGGUAAUCCCAUCUGCGAAUCUUGGCCAGCCGGGCAAUCUGUCAUGAAGUUGGGAGAAAACACACAGGAAAAUGGAGCUGCAAACAUAUUUACAAAUCGUACCUACGGCAUCUAACAGAUAAGAUGGCUCUAUAUAUUCAGAUUUGCAACUGG